AUGAAAUUCGUUUUGUUGGCCGUGUUGGCCUUUGUUGCCUGUGCCUCCGCUGACGAAUGGCAACCCAAGACCGCUGAUGAAAUCAAAAGCAUCCGCGCCGCCUGCUUGGAAGAAGUUCCCUUGACCGAGGAACAAAUGAAUCACAUGAAAACCUUCGACUUCCCCAACGAAGAAGCCGUACGCAAAUACUUGAUGUGCACCUCCGUGAAAAUGGACAUCUUCUGCACCCACCAAGGCUGGCAUUCGGACCGCAUUGCUAAACAAUUCAAAAUGGAUAUGCAAGAAUCUGAUGUCCAGAAAUUGGCCGAUGAUUGCAUUGCCAAAUACCCCAAGGGUGAUAAGGCAAAUGAUGUCUACGUUUAUGAUGUUCACAAGUGUCUUAUGGACAGUGAAGUCGGCCAGAAAGUCAAAUCCUAUAUUAAGAAACGUCAAGAACAAUUGUCGAAACAAGCCUAAAUAAAAUUAUAAAACCAAAAAAAAAAA